AUGAAUAAACGGAAAUAUAAUUUUAGAGCUAGUACCAACAAAAAUACCAACGAAAGAACAGCCAUUAGGGAACAUAAUAAUGAAGGACAAGAACAAGAAGUUAACGAAGUUCCAAUUAAAAAUAAAUCCAGUAAAAAAACUAAAACGUUAACUAAUCAACAUGAAGUGGAUGAAUAUGAAGUAUUCUCCCAAGGAACUUUUAUGUCACUUGAAAGAAUUGUCCCUAUAUCAUCACCAACUCUACCAACAACCCCAAUUAUGGAAUUAAGACCAUUGAUCCCAACCACAGAACAAGAAGUAAUAGAAAUUGAUGAGGAACAUAAUCCAUCAAAAAAACUCUCUGAAAUGAAGCAUCAUAAAAGUAAGGCGACACAAAGUAGUAAAAAUGGUUUUCAUAGUCUGGCCGGCUGGGUUGCCAGGUUAUUGAUGAAAUUUUUAUAUUAUGAAAACCAUAAAAUCAAGUUUGUAUGGCCUAAUGAUAAAUAUGGCAGCAAAUUAGAAAAAAAAAUAGAUAAAUUGGAAGAAAUAUUAAAAAAACAAUUAAAACAAAUUAGAGUUUUAUAUGAGCUACAAAAAUUGACAAAUAAUCAAACAAAGUGGAUCCAAGAUCAACUAAGACAGCAAACUGAAAAUAAUAAUAAUGUUGAUUCGACUCCAAAGGUCUUCACAGAAGGGUAUAUUCAAGUAUGCCAAAAAUUUUUUCCAAGUAAUUUGUGGCCCAGCUUUGAUGAUUUUAAAUCUGAAUUAGAAAAGUGGCUCAAUUUACAUCAUCCCAAUUAUUUAAAAGAAAUUCAACAUAAAAUGAAAGAUUUAAGGAGUACCUCUGCCGCAGCAGUCAGGAGUGCAAUUCUUAAAGAAUUAGGAUUACAGAUUCCAAGCAGCAAGAAAAAAAAUACUCCAGUUGACAUUUCAGAAUGGAAAAGAUCACAAAAGGUCAAGAAAUGCUAUUAUAAAUUAUAUGACGAAGAUGAAAAUGUGAUAGAGAAUAUUGCAAAACAAGCAUUUCCAACCUUAUCUUAUGACAAUGAAUUAUUAUUUAACGAUAUUUAUGAUUCACUCUUAAAUAAUGAAUCUAUUGAACUUGUUGAUUCGAUAUCAAUAUUACGAGAAGAAAUCCCAGAAAUGAAAAAGAAAGUAGUAGUUGAGAAAGAUAAUGAAGAGGAGCCUCGUUCAGAGGAAGCUUAUGAACAAAAUUUCGAUGAAUUAUUUGAUCAUAGUGACUAA